CAAAAUAAUGAAAUAAUAAUAGAUUGCAUGGACAUGGAAAGGAUGUUUCCACUGGUGGGAGAGUCCAGGAUCAGAGGUCAUAGCCUCAGAAUUAAAGGGCGCUCUUUUAGAAAGGAGGUGAGGGGGAACUUCUUUAGUCAGAGGGUAGUUAAUCUGUGGAACUCAUUGCCACAGAGAGUUGUGGAGGCCAAGUCACUGGAUAUUUUUAUGGUAGAGAUAGACAAAUUAUUGAUUAGAACGGGUAUCAAGGGUUAUGGGGAGAAGGCAGGAAAAAGGGAUUAGGAGGCAGAGAUCAGCCAUGAUUGAAUGGCAGAGUGGACUCGAUGGUCCAAAUGGCCUAAUUCUACUCCUGUAACUUGUGACCGUGAACCUGUGUGAACUUGUCACCAUUUCCGAGGUAACAAUAAUCUAUUCUACAUUUUCCUUGAGUUUUAUCUCUUUUGAUGUCUCGUUUUCACACCUUAACCCUUCUUUAUCUCUGUGUCUCCCCCUCCCCCCUUGACUCUCAGUCUGAAGAAAGGGUGUCGACCAGAAAGGUCGCCCGUUGCUUCUCUCCAGAGAUGCUGCCUGUCCCGCGGAGUUACUAUUGUGUGCGCGUGUGUGAACCAGCACCUGCAGCUGUAGUAGCGCGCACACAGUUAGUCAGUGUCAGCCACGCGCCCACACUACGCUCUGACCGUUGGUGCGCUGGCACGUGCCGCCGCCGCCGCCGCGCGCCGUCCUCCCGCUCGCCGGGCGCGCGCCCCGUUGCUUGGCGACGGCCUGACGCGGGCGCUGAAGGUUGGAUUGGAUCGGCUGCUCCGGACGGGGUCGAGGGCUUCGGUCGGGCUCCGACUCGCCUCACCCACAAAAACAGCGGCCGCCCAGAAUCGGGCGGUCACCUCGCCUGUCCUGUGUCCAGUAUCCAGGGUAGUAAAGAUACUUUAACAGAGAUACAGAUUGAAAUUCUGCAGUGAGCAUGCAGCCUCCAGAAGAUCUAUUGCACCGCAUAUACCCUAAACCUGGGAGCCCAGAAGCUUUUCGUAAACCUACUACUGGUUUACACCCAUUAACUCCUAAACAGCAGCUUUGUGAGAGUACUCUCCGAACACCUAUCUACAAAAGGGACAUUCCAAGUAGAAAACAGCAAUGGAUGAAGUGGAAGAAUAGAGGUUACCAGUCAAAAAGAUUAUUGGAGGAAAGUCAGGAAGGGCCUUCCUCUGAGCCCACAGAGGAAGAACUGGCCCCUGUUUCUGAAACUGAAUCAAAACUGAAGUCUGAGUUUCUUCCUCAACCUGAGGUGCAGGAGCAGCAUCCUGAAGGCAAGGAGCCAGAAGAUGAUCUAGAGGAUGGGGCCAUACACCACAUUGUGAGACUGCGAAAUUCACUUGGCUGGGAGACAGUAUUCCCGGAAGAUGCAUCAUGUCUCAAGAUCCGUACUACUCGAUUCCUUACAAUGAACCAGCUACAGCUGGAUGUAAUGACAGCAAUGGAGGGCAAAGGCGAAUUUGUGUAUUGUCUCUCAAGGACUCGGAAUGACCCAAGAGCUCGCUACAAUCCUUACAAUCUACAAGUGGUUCCGGCAAAAACAGCAAAACUGUAUAAACCAUAUUGGACAAUCAGUGCAUCCCAUGUUUCCAAGAUCAACUCACUGACUGAAAAAGAUGGCAUAGAAACUGAUUCUGUAUUGGAGUGGUUGAACGAACGAUAUUUCUUCUACAAGAUUCAUGAACUGCCAAUUUUUGUGAAUUUCAGAAAAUGGAAGGCUUUCAGUGUUUGGAAGGACAAUAUCCGUAACCUAAAGACCAGCAGCAGUAGGUAUGUUUGGUUUAGUUUAGAGAUACAAAAUGGAAAAGGCUUGUUCAGUUCCCUGAGUUCACGCCAACUAUCAAUCACCUAUUCACACAAGUUCUAUUUUAUCCCACUUACUCAUCCACUCCCUACAAGCCAGGGGCAAUUUACAGAGGCCAAUUAUCCUUCAAAUCCAUACGUCUUUGGGAUGUCGGAGAAAACAAUGAUUAUGGUGAAGCAGCUGUUUUUUGCCGAUGAGAUCUUUCUGCGCUGCCUUUAUUAUGUCCGGGCUUUGUGUGAAGCUGCCAGCUCAAGCAAUGGAGGUUUAGGAACAGAAGGGAGUGCCAUUGCUUUUUUGAAACUGGACAGAAGUAAUUCAUACACUUAUGAUGAUUUUGCCGAAAUCCAGAGUGAACAACGUAAAUAUGCGCUGAAUCAGCUUUGCGAUCUCAGAUACAAGAUAAUACAGUCUGUCAAGGAGGCCUGUUUGCAGAAAGCCUUGGUAGCAGGAUUUGGGAGGUUAUACACAGCAGAACCCAGCAAUUUGCAAGAGAGACCAACAUUUUCUGAGAUUGUGGAGUCAAGACCCCUCCGUGAAUACUUCAUCAGGUUCCUGAAGCUGGUGGACUAUCUCUUCCAGGAGCUUCUCUGUCGAUUGGUGAAAACCGCAGUCCAGCUACUACUUGAAGCUCUGUCUGCUUCAUAUGCAGUGACUUCAAUAGAAGCAAGUAGGAAUGAGAAAUUGCUGAGCACACUCACACAUCAAAUGAGGGUAAACUUGGACAAACGCCUACAUAAUGUGAGGACUCUGGCAGAGACUACUGCUCAAAGCUACAAAGCACAGCAAGAAGCAGACACAACUGAAAGGGAACCUGUCAAGCUUUCUAACCAAGAUUUAUCGGAUAUAGACCAGGUACUCCAGGAUGCUAAAGAACAUACAAAGAUGGUGAAUUUGGCACCAACGUUCAUUGUAAAUUUGAUACUCGACAUUCCAUCUAAAUAUAUAAUUCAUCCCCGAGACAGCACAAAGGCCAAAUGCCGAGCCAAAAAUAACAUGUGUAUGAUAAAAUCCAAAUUAUCCUAUGACCCGCUAGAGCUUUCCAAUGUGUCUAGGGAAAUGGAGUGCUCUCUCCUGGACACCACAGAAAGUGACAUUGACAUUCAGGAAGACAUCGAUGGGUCAGACUAUAAAAAGCGUGCUCAAUACAUCUUGGUACCUACUUCAGAAGAUCUGCUGGAACAAAUACAUAACAUGGUCGGAUUACUGGAAGAGGUUGUUGCCAAGCUGGUUGCCUUUACCGAUGAGCCCCGCUUGUCUAUGUUUAACUCGCCGUCUGUGUACGAACUGAAGCUCUCUGAUGAUCGGGAACUGGAAGCAAAGAGGACAAAGCAACUAUCACUCGACUCCAAUAUACUCUUUGGUCAAGAUCCAGUCUACCAACAACAACUUACGGAGCUGCAAAAUUUGAUAAGUGACACCAUGAUGGAAGUAACACAGUUCAGUAAAAUGUUUGUGCAAUACUGUGUCAUGGUGGAUCAGGCCAUGGAGCUGGACCUUGAGGCUUCAUUAAAUCAGCAGGUGUGGAGCCCAUUGGAAUUCAGGAGCAUGUUAGAGGUGUACACUGAACACAUUAUGGACGUAAGGAACAUGACUGUGGAACGACGGGUCCGUUUGGUGAAGGUGGUAAGCGAACAGUACCAGGCAGAAUGUCUGCCCUAUUUGGAAGCAGUGAUCAAUGCAAUGCACAAUCACCUGAAGACGACUGCUUACAAGAAAACUGCUGGGCUGCUAAAUAUAAUUGAAGAAGCUCAGCAGAAGCUCAGCAAGGAACCAGAAACCAUUGAUCUGUUUGGAGAACACCUGAUAUUCCUUUCUCAAAUGGAGGUGGAAAUGCCCAGAUUGGAGAGAGACUUUCAAACUCUGACUCAGAUGUAUGGUAUUGCCAAUGAGUAUGAUGUCCCCAUCCCUCCUGAGGAAUUUGCCCUCUAUCAAAUCCUGGUCCCCAGCUUCCACAGCCUGAAAUCCAACCUCCUCUACUUUGAAGCCUUAAAAGACAGCAACAUCAAAAAAUUCAGUGCGGACCUGGAGAAAGACAUCAGUAACCUUUACUAUGAGUUAACACAAAUUAAAUAUAAGGUGAGAAACCCCAUCCUUCUCCUGGCCGAGACAAACCCAGAGAAAGCCAUGAACAUCACCAAUCAUCUGAUGCUGGCAGUCUCUUCGAUUUCUGGAAAGGCACGAACCUACAGCAACUAUCACGAUCGCUUCUGCAGCAUGAGCACCCCAGAGAGCUCCAUCAGCAUCUCUUUAGGGGUGAUGCAGAAGAGGUUGGGAGUGAUGAACCGCCAGUCACUGAAAUCACUGUUGUCUGAGACCGAGUAUGAGUUGAUGUUGAGGAAGCUGCUGUGGGAAUCUGAGGUUGAAUGGCAGAAGCUGUACACUAGCUGGACUAACACCUUAUUUGAUGAAUUGAAUGUAGAUGCGAUUCGAAAGGACGUCAACAGAUUCACACAGACAAUAUACCUGCUGGAAAAAGGAUUGUCAACAAAUAAUAUAGUUCCUCUUCUGAAGCAGGCAGUAUUUGACUUCAAGGAGAUGCUACCAGUUAUUGUGGCCUUGAGAAACCCUUGGCUGGAUUCCAAGCACUGGGAAAGCAUUGAAUACGCAAUUGGGCGCUCAAUCAAGGAUAAAAACCUCAUGCUGGGGAACUUCAUGAAGCUCAGGGUGUUCCAUCAUAAGGAGAUGAUUGUUAAUAUCUCCAGUUUAGCCACCAAUGAAGGCACUCUGAGAAACAUGCUGGAAAAAGUCAUUAACCAAUGGAAUCAAACCAGCUUCAAACUGGUGAGCCACCAGUUCGAGACCUUCAACGUUCUGAUCAUCGGGUCAACUGAAGAGAUCAUUGCUCAGCUGGAAGAGAGUCAAAACAUCAUCUCCACCAUUAAGAGCUCCCGCUAUGUGGGACCUAUUGAGAAUGAGGUGACUGAGUGGGACCGUAAACUCACCCUGUUGGCACUAACUUUAGAAGAGUGGAUGACCUGUCAACGAAACUGGCUCUACCUCAAGCCCAUCUUCCAAGCACCUGACAUCCAAAGGCAACUUGUAGCAGAGACCAAACUCUUUGCCCAAAUUGAAGUGACGUGGAAUGAAUUGGUGGUGCGAAUUCAGAAGAACUCGAAUAUCUUGAAGGUUACAACCUCACAAGGGAUCGUUGAGCUCUUGCAGGCCACCAAUGCUAACCUGGAUCAGAUACUGAAACACCUGGAGGAUUACUUGGAAGCCAAGCGGAUUGCUUUCCCACGUUUCUACUUCCUCAGCAACAAUGACCUGCUGGAUAUCCUGUCUCGGAGCAGAAAUCUUGAUGCCAUAAAGCCUUACUUGGCCAAAUGCUUUGAAAACAUCAGGAGUUUGGAAAUCAGUAUGUCUACCAGACCUGCUGUUGUGUUAAUGAUCAAGUCUGCAGAAAAUGAAAGUCUGCCCAUGCCAAGGAAUGUUCGGAUACGGGGUCCUAUCGAAAGCUGGCUGGGAAACGUGGAAACUGCGAUGUUCGAGGCUGUGAGGAAGCAGCUCCAAAUCGGAAUAACCAAAUGGGUGACAACAGAUUUCAAAAAGUGGGUCCUGACUCAUCCAGGGCAGGUGGUCCUCACUGUGAGCCAGAUAUUGUUCAACCAGGAUUGUAUGAACUGCUUCAGUGGAGCCCAGCCACAAAGCCAGUUGCAGGAUGUCCAUCUGGAGAUGAUGAACAGACUUGAUAUGUUGGCUGAGCUGGUGUGUGGGCCUCUGUAUGCCUCCCAGGGGAUGGUGCUGGAGAGUCUGGUGAUCAUCAACGUGCACUGUCGCGACUUGCUGAGUGACUUGAUACGCAAGAAAGUCUUCAAAGCGGAGGAUUUUGAGUGGAGCAGGCAAUUGCGUUAUGAAUGGAACACGCAGAACAACUCUUGCUACGUCAUGCAGGCCAAAAGUUCCUUCAUCUACGGCUAUGAGUAUCUUGGCUGUUCACCUCGAUUAGUGAUCACACCGCUGACUGUCCGUUGCUGGCUUACUCUGACUGGAGCCCUGCACUUGAACCUCGGAGGCUUGCCAGCAGGGCCAUCAGGGACAGGCAAAACAGCAACUGUCAAAGACCUUGCUAAAGCCCUGGGAAAGCACUGUGUUGUCUUCAACUGUUCCAAAGGUCUGGAUUAUAAGAUGAUGGGCAAAUUGUUCUCUGGAAUGGCUCAGUCUGGGACAUGGAUCUGCUUCGACGAGUUUAAUCGGAUUGACUUGGAAGUCUUGUCUGUAAUUGCCUCACAGAUCCAGACAAUUAAGGCAGCCAAGGACAGUGAAGUGCUGAAGUUUGUAUUUGGAGACAGAGAGAUUCGGCUGAAUAUGUCCUGUGGUUUCUUUGCCACUAUAAACCCUAGGUAUGAAGGUCGUGUUGAAUUGCCAGACAACCUAAAAUCCCUGUUCCGACCGGUUGCCAUGAUGGUACCUGACUCCAAUCUCAUUGCUGAAAUUAUGCUCUACUCUGCGGGCUUUAAGUCAGCUAGAUCUCUCUCUGGAAAGGUCAUCAAUCUCUACGAGUUGGCCAGCAAGCAGCUUUCCCAUCAGGACCAUUAUGACUUUGGAAUGCGAUCCAUAAAGUCCGUGUUAAUGAUUGCAGGGCAAAAGAAGAGAGCUUUGUGGAUGAAAGAUGCAAAGACGUCCCUGAACCAUGCCGAUGAAUCACAUAUUCUCAUCAAUGCGCUGAAAGAUGCAAAUCUGACCAAGUUCCUGGCUGAAGACGUGACCUUGUUUGAAAACAUUCUGGAUGACAUAUUCCCAGGACUGACUCCACCCAAAGACGAAACCCUUCUGCUGCAGAGAGCAAUAAAUAUUGCAACAGUCGAUCUGGGCUUCCAGAAAUGGCCAAGUCAAGAGGAGAAGAUAAUCCAACUGUACAGUCAGAUUCUGGUGCGUCAUGGUGUGAUGUUGGUGGGCCCCUCCUGCGGGGGUAAGACGGUAGCCAGAACAAUCCUACAGAAGGCCCUUGUCAUUCUCCCAGGCCUUGUUCACGAACCUACGAGUGAAAGGAGACGAUCUUCGGGUCUCCACGCUAAGAGAGGCAAAGUGGAAACCUUCACUUUGAAUCCCAAGUCCAUCAGCCUCAGGGAGCUCUUUGGGUAUCUGAACCCACACAACAUGACCUGGACUGAUGGGCUGCUGGCUCAAGCAAUGCGCAAGUUCGCCAAAGACCUCGAGCACGAGCUUGACCAUGAUUCUGAGGUGAAGAUAAUUUCCUCUAGCUUCAAUAACAUUGAGAGAAGUUGGAUUGAACUCCAAGAUCAGAAGAAUCUGGAGAGCGAAGAUAUGACGCUGAUAACCAAUUGGCGGUGGAUCAUUAUGGAUGGCCCGGUGGACACGGUUUGGAUUGAAAACCUCAACACGGUGCUAGAUGAUACAAAGAUUCUGUGCCUGUCUAACGGGGAGCGCAUCAGUGUGCCGCCUAGCAUGAGACUCCUGUUUGAGGUGGACUGUCUUUCCCAAGCCAGCCCUGCCACAAUUAGCAGGUGUGCCAUGGUCUAUAUGGACCCACAUGAUCUUGGCUGGAGACCAUAUGUGAAGACCUGGCUGGCAAAUCUCCCCAGCAAGCUGCCUCGAAGUAGCAGGGAAUUCUUGCAGGUGCUCUUCAACAAAAGCAUGACGGAAGGUCUGCAGUUUGUGAGGAAAUGGCAGAAAAUGUGCCCAUUUGGCAUUCCGGAGCUGGGCAUCACGAUGACUCUUUGCCGCAUUCUCCAAGCGUUUCUGGACUUUAUGAGCACGAAUGGCGGAUUUGGAAUUGAAGGUGACGCUGAAGAAGAAGUCAUUAUUCCCGAAAAGAUUCAAAAAUCCAAAAUGGCCACCACAGUCAUCAUCGUCGAGGAAGGUCCUAGUGGACAAGAGACGGAGUCCAGCUCUGGGCCCAAGACUACAAAGUGGUUUAUACAGCAACAACCGCAACAGCUGCCUGCACUGCUGGUAAAGCUCUACGCCUUUGCCUUUAUUUGGGCAGUCGGUGGCUGCUUGAAACAUGAGGAUGAAUACGACGACGAUGACCUGAUCGGAGUCAGCGUCCAAAGCAAAGACGACAUGGUUCACAAGCUCACAUUGGAAUUCAACACUUUCGUCCAAACGAUGUUCGCGGGGAAAACACCACUAUCGGUUAAAUUUCCAACUGAGAAGCCCACUGUCUUUGAAUACUUUGUGGAUAUGCAAACUGGGAAAUUUGAAGCCUGGGCCAAAUUAGUUCCAUCUACUCAGACGCUUAUUACAAAAGGAUUGCAGUUAGCAGGACUUGUUGAUCCAAUAAUUUCCGGACCUCCUAAACCGAAGCCAAGUAUUCAAGAAGGUCUUGUGCGUACAAUAGACAGCGUACGGUAUUCCUUCCUGGUCAGUCUGCUGCUGGUCAAUAAAUACCCCGUAUUGCUGACAGGUGAAUCUGGCAAUGGGAAGUCUUCUCUUCUUCAGGAAAUGCUUUCCAAGCUGGAGAAAUCCAAAGGCUCAUCAGUCCAAUCGGAGUCCAUCCUGAACGACGUCUUCCUUUACAAUGAGAUGAAACAUGACAGCCUGGUGCCGCGUCUCACCCAGAUGAUAGAGGGCUUCAACAGGGAAAUAGACAAGGGCACAACCUGCACUGACGGAGGUACGAGAUCUCACAGUGGUAACAGUAGUGGUGGGUGUGCAAGGCAGCAAGCGCUUGUCAGAAUCAUGACCAUAGCUGUCACUGUUCUUGGAAUAUUCCCGGGUAGAUUCACUGACUCAUGGUUUGCCCAGAUAGACACAAAAUGCAGGAGUAACAAAGCGGGACUGGCAGCAUCUUUCGUAGAUGUGGAAUUUUGCAGCGGGCCACGUUUUGAUUUGAGCAAGAAGUACAGUGCUCAAGCCGACACCACAUUCAGCCGUGACAUCAAGGAGAUGGUGUUUGCCAACAUACUGAUGAGCACUCAGACUACUUCAGCUCAAAUCCAGGCUCACAUCUUGAAUACCCUGAUGAAGAGAAUCAGAAACAAGCGAAGCCCAGAGAAGACCAGAAAGGUGAUUAUCUUUGUUGAUGACCUGAACAUGCCAGUCGUUGAGCACUAUGGAGCCCAACCACCACUAGAGCUGAUCCGGCAGUUCCUGGACCUGGGUGGAUUCUUCGACGUUAUAAAUCUCAAAUGGCUGCACGUGGAUGAUGUGACCCUGUUGGCAGCCUGCGCUCCCCCGGGCGGUGCACGAAGCCAGCUCAGCCAACGUCUGCUCAAACACUUCUGCAUCUUCACUCUGCCUCAGCCCUCAACCAAGUCCCUACAGCACAUCUUCCAGGUUAAACUUGGCCGUUUUCUGGAGAGCCAUAACUUCUUGCCUGUUGUCCGGAAUUGCAGGAAUCAGCUAGUGACUGCCGCAAUUAGCAUUUAUUACAAAAUGUCUCGGCACAUGCUGCCCACGCCAAUCAAUCCCCAUUACACGUUCAAUCUGCGAGACCUAACAAAGGUGAUCAAUGGCCUACUCAGAGCUGACAAGGCCAACAUAGUCUCUAAAAACAGGGUAGUCAUUCUGUUUGCCCAUGAGCUGACCAGAGUAUUCCACGACCGGCUCAGUAACAAGAAAGACAGGCAGAUGUUUUAUUCUUUCCUCGCGGAUGACCUCCAUAACUACUUCAAGAGCAAGUGGAGCCCGUCCGAGCUGAUUGCCAGCUGCUUUCUUUUUGGCGAUUUCAUGGAGUUCCAAGUUCCAAGCGAAGCUAGAGUCUACCGUCGAAUUAUGGACAUGAAGAACUUGGAAAAUGUCUUGGAGCAAUACUACCUGAGGUACAACACAGGAAACAUGAAGGUGAGGGAUGGAACGUCAGUCAACACCCUCCAUCUACACUCAGCAGGACAGGGAGCAGCCACACUCUGCCAACAGCAGGCUGGAACCCCUCUCCCCCAUCCCACUCUGAGACCCUUGCUGUGGAGACCCCAGGCCACCAUGCCCGUGUUUUUCGAAGAGGCAGUGGAGCACAUUGUCAGGGCUGCUCGAGUCUUCAGCCUGCCAGGUGGACACCUCAUGAUGGUUGGCUUGGACAGUACUGGCAAGGUAACCACUUCCACCCUGGCCUGUCACAUUGCAGACUGUGAGCUCUACACACUCACCAUCAGGCACAACUCCAGCCACAGUGACUUCCGGGAGGAUCUGAAGCAAGUCUUCAAGCAGUCCGGUGUUUUUGGAAUUAGGACCGUCUUCCAGCUGACCGAUUCCGACUACCUCCAGGAGGCAUUCCUGGAGGAUCUGAACUGCAUGGUGAAUUCGGGCCAGGUGCCGGGCCUCUUUGACAACGAGGAGAUGAACAACAUCAUCAUGGAGCUGAAGAACCACGAGAAGGAAGGCAACAUCCCCGACAACAAGGAGGCUCUGACCAACUUUUUCCUGCAGCGUGUACAGGAGAAGUUGCACAUCGCACUGGCUUUGAGUGCGGCUGGCUCGAUGUUCCGCCUGCGCUGUCGGAUGAACCCCUCCCUCAUCAACUGCUGCACAAUCGACUGGUUUAACCAAUGGCCCAAGGAAGCUCAGCUGAAGGUGGCCAAAAUCUACUUCUCCCAAGUGGAGUUCGAUGAGGCGUUGAAGGAAAAAGUGGUCCUUAGUUGCGUUGACAUUCACAACAGCGUUUCGGUUGCUUUAGAAAAGCUGUGGCAGCAAAAGAGAAAGCGCUAUUACAUCACCCCCAGCAAGUACAUGGAACUGAUACGCACUUUCUCCAAACUGCUUGCAUCCAAGAAGAAAGACAUAUUCAACUCAAGAAACCGUUUUGCCAAUGGUCUGCAGAAACUUUCAGAGGCCAGUUCGAUGAUUGGGGUGAUGCAGCAGGAGUUGGUGCCGCUCGGAAAACAGAUCGAGCAGAAAACUGAGGAAAUUGAGCAGUUGAUGAGCAAACUUCAUGAAGACACCGCUGCCGUGGAGGAAGUUCGAGGUAUAGUCAAACAAGAAGAGGAGAUCAUGACUGAGGAGACACAAGUUGUGCAGGAUUAUGCUGAGCAAGCCAGCAGCGAGCUGAACACCGUUCUUCCCAUCCUGGCCCAGGCCAUCAGUGCACUCCAAGCCCUUGACAAGAGCGACAUUUCAGAGAUCAGGGUUUACAUCAACCCACCCACGCUAGUCCUGACUGUGAUGAAUGCUGUGUGCGUGCUGCUGCAGAAACCACCCCAGUGGGCAACAGCUAAACUUCUGCUCGGCGAUCCCUCCUUCCUGAAACACCUAUUGAACCUGGACAAGGACACGUUACCUGAGAAGGUCUUUGCGAAGCUAAAGGUUUAUUCAAAACAACCUGAUUUCAACCCUGCGAGGGUGGGCCUUGUGUCAACCGCCUGCCGCUCCCUGUGCCAGUGGGUGCUGGCACUGGAGCACUAUCACGAAGUCCGCAAGUCAGUUGAGCCGAAGCAGCAAAACGUGAUGGUUGCCCAGGAGGCUCUUGUGAUCGCUAGGAACAAUCUUCGAGAGAAGAACGUUGCCCUGAACCUGAUCGAGGAUCACCAGCGGUCUCUGCAAGAGUCCUUCAAUGAAGCUGUGGAGCAGCAGGCAGCUUUGGCUACCCGCAAGCUGCAGACUACCAACAGACUGUCACGGGCAUCGCUCUUGAUCACUGCCCUCGCCAGUGAGAAGAUCCGCUGGAAGGAGUGCAUCGACGACUUGGACCGCGACCUGUUGGCAUUAGUGGGCGACAUCCUGCUCUCAGCUGCAUGUAUCACAUACUACGGCCCCUUUCCUGCCGACUACAGGCAGAGCCUGUUGAAACAAUGGAAAAGCCUCUGCACUGACAUCCAGAUCCCAAUCUCAAUUAACUACGCAUUGAUUCCAGCAAUACUCGAAAAGAACGAGGUUCGCAAUUUGCAGAACAUGGGUCUGCCUCCGGAUAACCAUUCGACUGAGAACGCUAUCCUGGUGAAGAUGGGCGAAUACUGGCCCUUACUCAUUGACCCUCAAGGUCAGGCUGUUAGAUGGAUUAAGAAGAUGGAAGGCGAGGAACUGUUCAUUCUCCUGGCUACCAACCCCAACUACAUGAACUCAGUGGUGACUGCCAUGCAAAUGGGACAUCCAGUCCUGCUGCAUGAUGUAACGGAGCAACUGGAUCCUGGUCUGAGGCCGAUUCUCCUACGGGAUAUUUCUACUCGAGAUGGACAUGACUUCAUCAUGAUUGGCACCACGGAAGUAGAGUACAACUCCAACUUCAGGCUGUACAUGACCACCCGGAUGUCCAAACCAAACUACCUGCCAGCCGUCUGCAUCCUGGUCACAAUGAUCAACUUCACAGCCACGUUCGAGGGGCUCCAGGAGCAGCUGCUGUCCAGGGUGGUGAAGGGGCAGCACCCCGAGGUGGAGCAACAGCUCAGCCAGCUGUUGCAGAGCAUUGCCAGCGACCUGUGCACCCUGAGGGACCUGGAGAACAGGUCACUCUCCUUGCUACAGAAAACCGAGGGUAAGGAGAGCGGGUGGUGUGCAGUUAUUCUCCACUCUGGGUUGUGCAUGGCAGCCGUUGUCGUGGUGAGGGGCAGAAAACAGGCACCAAAUAGGCUCUGCGGUGAUAAGAAAAGCUUGCCGAAUGAGACACAAUUAUCAUGGACCAGUAACUGUGGCUCCUUAUACCCACUUCCAAUGAAGUGUGGCUGGCACACAGCAGAACAGCAGGGGCAUAUUUUGGAUGACCAUGACCUCAUUGAUACCCUUCAUCAGUCAAAAAAUAUGUCCAAAGAGAUAAAACUUCGCAUCAGUGCCUCGGAGGAGAACGAGAAGAAAAUUACGGCAGCUUGUAAGAAGUACCUGCCCAUGGCCACACGUGGAUCUAUUUUGUUCUUUGUGAUAGAUGAGUUGUCGCAGCUGAACUGCAUGUACCAGUUCUCUCUGCACUGGUUUAUGAAGUUAUUUACCCAGUCUGUGCGUGACAUUCACAAGCCACACACCAGGACACCGGUGACCAGCUUCAUAAAAUCGGCCACUGCUUUACAACAGUCCACUGCUGGGCUCAGAACCAUUUCCACCAAAAACAUCCUGCACACCGGUUUCAACUCCUUCUUACAGAACAUGAUGACAACACUUACUGAGAACGUUUACAAGCUGCUCUGGUAUGCAAUCUUCACGGAACACCAGCUCUGCCUCUCCUUCAUGCUGUGCACCAGCAUCAUGCGGAUGAACAAGACAUUGGAUGGUGGCAUUGACUCCAUGGGCAUGCUUCCAGAAGUCGAGUGGGAGAUUUUCCUCCAUUCAGAAGUGCUGGCGAAUGUGGGAAACAAGAAGACAUCCCCAGGCAAUCAGAGUACACUCCAACAAUAUGUUGUUCAAACUCUAUGUGGGAGCGCUGGGUUACAAACGGGUUAUUAUUACUACACAGGUGAUGCAGACGACACGUGGUUUAAGCAAGGUCCUAAUGCUCAGUGGAUGACUGAAGCCAUGUGGAAUCAGUGUCUGUACGUCAACACUCAUCUGAGCCCCUUUAUGCUCCUCUGUCCAUCCCUCAACACCAACCCUGAACAGUGGGACAGCUUCCGUCAAUCUGAGGAUCUCAACCACUUCCUGAAAACAUAUUUCCCCCAACAGGAGCUGCUCUCAGAGCCAGACUUUAGUCCACAAGAAAGUGGCACUGAAUCACACUAUACGCUGGAGAAUCAGGACAGCAAAACUGAGUUCUUUCCAUGGGAAAAUCUAAGUGCAUUCCAGAAGCUGAUAUUGAUCAAGAUCCUGAGGCCGGAGUGUUUGACCGCUGCUGUGAACGGGUUUGUUGAGGAUAAGCUGGGCCCUGACUUCCUCCCUAGCCCGGCUGUUUUCCUCAAUGAUGCGUUCAGUGAAACCGAUGCCUCCACCCCAUUGAUCUUUUUGCUGUCACCAGGCACUGAUCCCACUGUCCAAAUGCUGCGGUUUGCCAAGGAACUGCGGGGAAACGCAACCCAUCUGGACAUCGUGUCUCUGGGCCAGGGGCAGGGACGGGUGGCUGAGGAGCUGAUCCAAAGGGCUCAGAUGCAGAAGGGGCACUGGAUCUUCUUGCAGAACUGCCACCUGGCUGCUUCCUUCAUGCCGAAGCUGCAGGCCAUCAUAGAAUCGUUCCAAGAGCCAGGUGUGAUUCUGGAUCGUAACUUCAGGCUCUUCCUGAGCUGCAAAUCAGACCCGGCAUUUCCCAUCUCCAUUCUCCACGCUGGAAUGAAGGUCACCAUUGAGCCACCAAAAGGCCUCAAAAACAAACUGUUGACAGCCUUCGGAACCAGUGGCUUGGGAGAAAUCGCAGAAAGGAUCUACAUGAAAGAAGACUCGAAUCUGGGCUGGAGGAGACUGCUGUUCAGCCUCUGCCUCUUCAAUGCCGUGAUCCAGGAAAGGAACAAGUAUGACGCGCUGGGCUGGAACCUCCCGUACGAGUUCACCUCCUCUGAUUUGGAGGUGGCCAUUCUGAAUAUGGAGAUACUACUCCAGGGUGAAACAGAGAUCCCGUGGAUAGCCCUACGUUACCUGAUCGGGGAGGUGGUGUACGGAGGCCGUGUCACUGACUACUGGGAUCGCCGGUGCCUCAAUGGCAUGCUCAGCAGGUUCUAUAGGCCAGCCAUCAUGCAGGAAAACUUCAGCUUCUCCACCGACCAGGUUUACACGAUCAUCACAGAGGACAUGAGCCUGCCCGAGUGCAUAGAGUACAUGGAAUCUCUGCCCACCACUGACUCUGCGGACCUGUUUGGCAUGCACUCCAACGCUGAGAAGGCUUAUCUGGAGAGCCAGGCUAAGGAGUUCAUGGCCACCGUCAAGAGCACAGAGCCCAGGCUUAGCAGUGAUGUGCACGCUUUCAGAGAGCAUCGUACCCAGGAUGAAAUAGUGUUGGAGAAAGCAGAAGGAAUCCUUAGGAGGCUCCGUAAGACAGUGGAGGGUAUUGAUGGAUCAGAGAGCAAUGUCAUGGACCUAGCUCAUUUGCUGGCGUCCCCCAACUGGGCAGCAUACGUGGAGUCUGUCAAAGGGUUUGAUGGUUUGGCAAACUCGGCACUGCUGACAGUCUUGCGGCAUGAGAUCGGAUGCUUCAACCAGCUGCUGCAGGUGAUUAGAUCCUCACUGCGAUCCCUGUGUCAAGGGGUGAAGGGAAAGAUCAUUCUAACCGAUACUCUGGACGAGAUAUACAACUCCUUCCUCAACAUGAGGAUGCCGAAGCUUUGGCAGCUCCAUUCAUACGACUCAUGCAAGCCUCUUGGCUCAUGGAUUGAUGACUUUAUUCUCCGUGUGAACUUCUUCAAGAACUGGUCAGCACAGUUUGUGGCAGGCGCUCAGCACAGAAUUGACAAGAAUGCAUCCCAGAAGAGGCCAACACGGCAGAUCUGCGAUGUGGACCCAUCUGCCUUCUGGCUCUCAGCAUUCUUCUUUCCACAGGGGUUCUUGACGGCUGUGUUACAGAACCACGCCCGCAAGCACGGCAUGUCUGUGGAUUCCAUCAACUUCCAUUUCCACAUCCUGCCUUUCAAUGAGAAUACUGAGGAUUAUCUGAGCACGAUGUGUCACCUCAAUAUCGGGACCGACAACUUUCAGGGCAGUGAUGCUCCAGUAGAGGGGGCUGUGUUAUUUGGACUUUUCUUGGACGGUGCUUGUUGGGAUCCCAAUGCAAAGACUCUGAAGGACUCCGAAGUUGGCCAAAGGUUCAGCAGCGUUCCUCCAGUCCACUUCCUGCCGGUCAAGAUUGGGAACCAAGAGGAAUGGUUUGAGGAAGUGGAGCACUCCCAGUUGGAGGAGCAUCGUUACGAGUGUCCCCUCUACAGGACCUCUCGGCGAACGGGUUCCAUCACCACCACUGGCUUCUCCUCUAACUUUGUAAUCGCCAUUGACCUUCCCACUGUGCUGCCGGCAGAUCACUGGGUAUUGCGGGGGGUGGCCCUCCUCUGCCAGCUGGACGACUGACCCUUCCCUCCAAAGGGAGAAAACCCAAGUGUUAUUCCAAGUUUAUCUAUCUCAAUCAGUGCCCAAUCCCAUGAUCCCGACCACAUUGGUCUGUUUAUUCAAUCCCUGUUUCCGCUAGCUUUCCAAUAUCCCGUUGAUUCCCAAUAUAUUCCUGCCCAGUAUUUCAUCAUCUCCUCUCGUGUUGUAGGAAUAUUGAUAUUGUUUCCAUGACUCAAACUGUGCCCCUCAACUGGGAAGUUGCCUGCAGGACAGCCCAAGGGUCGGAGAUGGCGUUGUCUGGGCCUUUCAGUGCUCUGGCACUGAUUCAUGUCGCAGGAGUCUUCUCAAGCAGUUUGCUUGAAUGUUGUUGUUUUCGUGGAAGUGAUCAAUUAAUUAUCCAAUGUUAUCUUAAUUAAACGAUAUGAGUGUUU